GCUGCUGGUUCGUUGGCUCCGCCUUGCCCACCUCGCGCGGCAGCCGCAAAAGCAGCAACAAAACGCCCGCGCGUCAGACUGGCACGCUGCUUCGCUUUGCCCGUCGGCUUGCCUGACUCCUCCUCGCUCUCUCGACCCUCUCGCAUUGCUGCUGCUGUGCCGCCGUCCAAACGACGGCUGUUUUCUGGCCCCAGCAGCGAGGAGCGGUUCGCCGGCUGGAAUGGAUCGCGCGAGGAGGCAGCGGCGAGCAACAAGUGCUUUCCCUCAUAGCAGCAACGCGGUCGUGCCUGCGGACGGUGACAUUCGCGAGCGCUGACUGCUCGAGUGAAACAGCCGGCCUGGCUUUCUACCAGUCCCAGGACUAGAUCGAGAAGAACGCAGAGGGAUCCGAUGCUCGCACACCUUCACAGCCAGUCCGCGCGCCUCUCCUUUGCUCUCAUUUCAUACAAAACCCGGUGACAACAGCUUGCUGCCAGUGUGUGUGUUGUGUGCGCCAAAAGACGGGCAUCGGCAGCCCAACCAGAAACGUUUCCCCAGUGCUUUCAGUUCACACCUAAUCGAGCCCGAAGUGCGCAGAAGAUUGUAAUUUUCCCGAGUGUUCUUUCUUUCUUUUUUUAAAUCCUAGGCGAAUUUCAUUCGACACUUGCACGAAGUGGGGAACUUCGUAUUGGGGCCAUUCAUUGAUUUAUUCCGAUUCCAAAGGUGCCCACAAACAUCCCGUGACGGCUUCCUUCGAGUAAUCCCUUCGGCCCUCGUCGACGCGAGAUCGGCUUCUUCGAGUGACGUGCCUCGUGCGUGAUAAAGAGUGUGCAUCUGGUGUUUAAAAGUUUGCAUCGUGCUACCACAGUGGUGUGCGCGUGUCCUGCAGUGCGUACGGCUGUCUUCCCAGUGUUCCUGCUUCGUUUCGCCGAGGCCGUAUACAGGGAUUCCUGUGUGUUUCUUGCGGAGCGUUGCAUUCCGGCGGGCGCGCCUAUGGAUGUGUCUCGACAGCGGCCAUCCGCUACCGGCGGGCCGCACUGACCGCCGUCCGUCCCCGAUGCCGUUCCCCUUCGUCUGGAACGCAGCUUCGCCGCGGGCGGCGCACCGCUGCUGAGCAAGAAGACCACCGCAACAAGCUCCUACACAGAGGUGGCAUCGCUGGAGCUCAGUCCGAUCUGUGGUGGAGCUCACUUGUGCCGGCGGCCACGCUGCUGUAGCGUGGCGGCCAUGAGCUAGCGGCUCGGCGCCCGAGCGCCGCUGGAACCGCGGGGGCCAUGGCGUCGGUGCCCGCGGUGCCCGAGUUCCGGGACGCCGACCAGUGCCGUCAGCACGGGCUCGAGAUUAUCCGGCCUAAGCCUCGACGUCUGGGAGACCUGAACCGGCCGCACGACACCAGGAUGCCCGCUGAAGGCGCGUCACUGAGGGCGUCGCACCGUGACCUCGUCGGAGGCUCGGCUCCCUCGCUGACCAAGCUGUCGGUGCGCGACCUGUGGCCCAGUCCGUCGGGGCGCUCGUCUCACGAGGCGUCUCCGAGGUCCUGCCUGUCUGCCGCCGCGUCGUCCUCGUCUCCCGGUCCAGGACCCGGAUCCAACCGUGCGACGCCCGUUCGCGAGACGCCCGUGCUGAGCAGUAGCAGCAGCUGCGGGGCCAGCAGCAGGGCCUCGCCCGGUUCUCUUGCCCUGACGGCGGCCACGCGUGCCUCGCCAGCUCGCAACAAGCUGUCGCUGGCCGAGCCUGCCAUGACGCGGGAACAGGAGGAACAGCAGCAGCUAGACGAGGGAUUCCCGCCGGACCCAAACUUCUCUGUCUACCGUGAUUCGGCCUCCAACACGGACUGCGGCUCGCUUAGCAAAAGCUCUUCGGACGGCGACCCCGUUGUUUCACGGCGCAAGCCCCUCGCGAGGCUUAAGUCUCGUCGUCGCAACAUACUCAGCUUCCCUCUCAACCCGAGGACCCGAGGCUAGGCGUGCGUCCGCCACGACCUCUACGCCGGCGGCUC